AUGAAUACUUGUGUUGAGGGAAGUAAACGUCAGUUACCAGCAUGGAUGAUGCCAAAAGUUGGUGUUUCCAACUCUGGCAGUGUUGUUAAAGCUAUUUGUUCUACAGAAAACGCGGGGAAAAUUGAUUACAAGAAGGAAACAUCUAAGAGGAAGUUAAAUUCCAAAGCAAAAUGUGAGGAUAAGGGAAAAAUAAGUUUAGAUGAACGGAAUGAAAGCGGUGAUAAUGUUAAUGAAAAGAAGAGGAAAAAAAGUAAUAUAUCUAGGGAUAGUGCUCCUAGAUGUUCUACUAGGAAUCGCAAAAAUUUAGAGGAUCUCGGUCAUGGUAGUAGUGAUUGUGAUAAUGUAUGUCAAGUUCGAGCAUCUAGUGACGAUGACGUGGAGUUGACUGUUGAAGAUUUAAUGGCGAUUGCACAACAGUAUGUCAAAGAUUACAAGGACAAGGAGACGCGAGAAGCGGUGGGUAGACAGUGCGAGCCAAAAUGGCAAUUUCCGGCCACAACAGAAGCAGCAACUACUCUUGAUUUGUCGCGUGAGAAUAAAAAAUCAUCUAGUUUGGAAAGGGAAGCUUUGUAUGAUUUUGCUCCAACAAAUGGCGAGGUAAUUCCUACAAGCACAUCUCAAAUAGACCAUCCUGCUCAAAACAUGCUGGACGUGUUCUUGGGUCCAUUGCUGAGAACAACCUUUGAGAAGGAGGAGAACUGGAGAAGAGAAAAUCUGUCUUAG